AUUACUCUUCUUUUUCGAAGAUUGAUUUCGUGUAAUAGCUGAAAUACAAAAAUCCGGUUGAUUACUGUCAUCAUGCUGUCGGUUACACGUAGAAUACUACGUUUAGUAAAUAAACAAUCGGUACUUGCAGCUUGCCAGCAGUGCCAGUAUGGAACGGAAAGUGAGGCAAGUUUUGAAACAACGCCAUAUAAAUUGUUCAAACUUGAGAAGGGUCCCGAGACGACAGUAACUCUAAGCCGAGAUGAUGCCAUGAAGUUUUACAGAGACAUGCAGACCGUUCGGCGGAUGGAGACUGUGGCAGGAAACCUCUACAAAUCAAAAAUCGUCAGAGGAUUCUGUCAUCUUUACUCAGGACAGGAGGCAUGUUGUGUAGGAAUGGAGGCUGCCAUAUCUCCCGAUGAUGCUGUGAUAACAGCGUACCGAGCACAUGGUUGGACGUACAUGCGUGGAGUGCCCAUUCAAGGGGUUCUUUCAGAACUAACAGGCCGGAAAUCUGGAUGUGCACAAGGCAAAGGUGGAUCCAUGCAUAUGUACGGCAAGAAUUUCUAUGGUGGAAAUGGAAUCGUCGGAGCUCAGGUUCCCCUCGGUGCUGGGAUUGCAUUUGCCUUUCAGUACCAGAAUAAACCCAACGUGUGUCUGUCGCUGUAUGGUGACGGUGCUGCUAACCAGGGCCAGCUGUUUGAAGCCUUCAACAUGGCCAAGCUGUGGAACCUUCCUGCUAUUUUCAUUUGUGAGAACAACGGCUUUGGCAUGGGCACCAGCGCAGACAGGGCGUCGGCCAGCACCCAGUAUUACACCAGGGGGGAUUAUGUGCCCGGACUUUGGGUUGACGGUAUGGAUGUUCUAGCAGUGAGAGAAGGAACUAGGUUUGCUAAAGAUUAUGCAUUAAAGAAUGGACCGAUUCUGGUUGAGGUGGCAACAUACCGUUACCAUGGACACAGCAUGAGUGAUCCUGGAACAAGCUACCGAACGAGAGAUGAGAUUCAAGAGGUGAGAGAGAAUCGAGAUCCAAUCACAAACUUCAAGGACAGGAUUUUAUCUGCAAAUCUCGUAACACCGGAAGAACUGAAGAAAGUGGACACGGAGAUCAGGAAAAAGGUGGAAGAAGCAGCUCAGCUGGCCAAAACUGACUCGGAGUUGCCCCUGGACGAGCUGUACACUCACAUCCAUUCACAGCCCACCCCCGAUUUCAAAGUGCGUGGAUGUGACCCAACAAUACUUAGAUGAAAGUUCCAGUUAAUGUCGAAACCAGUGGCCCACAAAAUACUUUUGAGUUAUUGUGAAAAUGAAGUUACUACAAAAACACAAAAGUUAUUCCAAUGAGAGUACUAUAUAAAAAUUAUAUAUAUAUAUAUAUAUAUUUAUUUAAACAUUUUGUUCUUGACUGUACAUUGUGUAGAUAAUGCUGAAAAGUGCUCUUUUGUUUUUAUUUUUAAUUUAUUUGGUGCUUUCAUGUUCGUGAGAUGUUUUCAGUGAAGUAGUUUUCUUAGUACUGUUAUAUUCAGUAGAAAAUACAUGUAGUACUUUAGUUCUGGUUGAUUUUCUCAUGUUAAUGUUUUGAUCAGAAUGUGUUACACUGGUCACACUAUUUCACGCAAACUAUCAUUCACUUGGCAUGUCGGUUAUGCAGCUUUAGAUAAAACACGAACUGCCAGUUAAUAACUAAUUUGAAUGCAAGUGUGAGGUAAAUGAUUGUAUCCACUGUAGGGGUGAGGUACCACUGGAUUAUACAAAAGAUGUACAUGGGGUGUUAAAAUGUUAGUGUAGGUACUGUGUGAAUUGUCUUUAGAUGUAUCUAUAAAAAAAAAAAUGUUAUCAUCUGUAAUCUCUUUAACCGUCAUAAUGUCUUUGUCAUAUUCCAGAGAGCAUCCUUUGUAUAACCAUCCUCCUGAAUCCAUCAGUUUAUUUAUUGUACAGCUGAUCUUGCUAAUGACCUUGAAUCUUAUUUCUGCCCCGGACAGGAUUUAGUCCAGUCGGUUGAGUGCUCUCGACUCUGGUGUUUGUGUCGCAGGAUCAGACCACAUCUGUGGAUCCAUUGAACUCAUUGUUGUUUUCUCUUUCCAACCAUUGCACCACAAAGGCCGUGGUAUGUGCUGUCCUGUCUGUGGGAAAGUGCAUAUAAAAUGAUUCCUUUGCUGCAUUAGGAAAAAUGUAGCAGGUUUCCUCUGAUGACUACAUGUCAGAAUUACCAAACAUUUGACACCCAGUAGUUAAGGAUUAAUGAAUCAGUGUGCUCUAGUGGUGUCAUUAAACAAAUCAAACUUUAUUUCUGCCCUGAUAUAUCCAUGUUUGAGGUUCACGAGAGAAAUACCUGACUUACCUCGAAGCACAUCAUCAUCAUGUCAUUGGUGGUUGCUUCAGAAAUAAAGAAACGCCAGCUAUCACGUACCAUACUAGCUGUGAUCAUUAGUCCUGUGGGUCCAGAUAGCUUUAUUAUUGGUGCAUGGAAUUACCCAGAGCUUGUGCCUAUGAAGUCAGCUGAGACAAGCAAAUGGUAGUGUCGUGUGGCGAGGUCAGAAGAUGGGGUUGGGUUAAACUGACAGAACAACACAAAAUUGGAAAUUGCAGGACAAAUUGGAAGGUUAUCUUUGAAGAAAAAGAAAAUGAUGGGCAGAGGAUGAAACAUUUAGAUUAGAAAGAUUAAUGGAAGUGUGAGCUAGCCUUGAGGAGGUUGGUUUUUUAGCUUUGAUGGUCUAGCCACGUGUUCACUUUUUACUGGUUAAUUAAUAAAAUAAUAGAAUAGUC